AGUUGCCCCUGGCGACCGUUUUGGUUGCUGUCCAAGGUGCUAGUUUGCCAAUGGACAACGGGUUUGCCACUACAACUCGCGAGAUAGUUUGAAGAUACUCGACUAAUUUUUGUUCGACUGUUGUAUUGCUGCGGUGAAAAUGGCUUGGGAACGAAAUCGUCUCCGACUGCUCUGCAUGCUGUCCAUUACUUUUGCGUUUUUCAUUGUUGAAGUUGUCGUCAGCCGUAUGACUGCUUCCCUGUCAAUGCUGUCAUACUCUUUCCAUAUGCUGCCGGGUGUCAUUGCCCUGGUUGUGGCCCUUAUUGCUGUGCACUUCUCUGAGAAAACUCAAGCAACGAGUCAAAAUACUUUCGGAUGGAUCAGAGCAGAAGUGAUGGGUGCUCUGGUCAAUGCCGUAUUCCUAACCGCCAUGUGCUUUACCAUCAGUAUUGAGGCAGUCGAGCGGUUCACAGUGCCUCACGAGAUUGAAAGUCCCCGAAUGGUUAUUGGAGUUGGAGCUGCGGGACUUCUUGUAAACAUGCUCGGUCUUUUGUUGUUCCACGAACACGCAGGACACGGUCACUCGCAUGGUGGCUCUCAUGGAAUUAACAAACUUCACAAAUCCGAGAGAGUAGGGAGAGAAUCCUUUGAAGAUGAGACCAGUAGGCAUAUCAUGUUAAAUUGCAAUCUGAAAACAGGGGAUCUCAGAGCAGGUCCAGGAGGAGAUCACGAAAUCCCAGAUAAGGACAACCUUGUGGUCCACAUGAAGGACAUCACCCUGGAGGAUUGGAACGAGAGCCAUCAUGACUCUGCUUCACAGCUCAACAUGCAGGGUGUCUUCCUUCAUGUGCUGGGUGAUGCCCUCGGUUCUGUCAUCGUUGUGGUCAACGCUCUCACCUUCACCUACGUGUGGCAGCCUUGCCAUGCUGGAGAGACCUGUGUCAACCCAUGCUACAACAGUCACGACUACACUGACCACCAACAACAACAUGUCAAUGUUACACUGAUCACCAUGCUUGGUAGUAGUACCCAGACUACAGUGCACCUCGCUGGCCCUUGCUGGGUGCUCUACCUCGACCCCAUACUCUGCAUCAUUAUGGUGGGCUUCUUACUCUAUACCACCUUCCCUCUCCUGAAGGAGUCAGUCCUCAUCCUCCUGCAGACUGUUCCUAAACAGAUAGACAUGCCCCAGCUGCUGGGGAGGCUCAAGGGCCUGGAUGGUGUGUUGGCUGUCCACGACCUACACAUCUGGCAGCUGGCAGGGAGCAGGAUCAUUGCCACGGCACACAUCAAAUGUCUAGACCCAGCUUCCUACAUGGAUGUGGCCAUGCGAAUCAAAGGCCUUUUUCAUGAUGAGGGUAUCCAUGCCACGACAGUUCAACCAGAGUUUGUUACUGUUAACUUUGAAUCUAAUAUUGACGUCUGUGAGCUGUCCUGUGGGACGCAGUGUGCCCCGAAGCUGUCCUGUGGGACGCAGUGUGCCCCGAAGCUGUCCUGUGGGACGCAGUGUGCCCCGAAGCUGUCCUGUGGGACGCAGUGUGCCCCGAAGCUGUCCUGUGGGACGCAGUGUGCCCCGAAGCUGUGGAAACUUUGACAGAACAAGACAAGGAGGACAUGUUAGAGAAGAGGUUGUUUCUUAUCAGUAUCACUCAAUACAACACGUCAACCUCAAUACAACAGUCACCCUCUGUAGUGACCAUCAAGCUACUGUAACUGCCAUGCAGAGCCCCAAGGCUGCCAUUUAUACAGAGGCAAAAUCCUCAGUGUUACAAUGAAUGUGAUUAUACAUUGGGAACUUGAAACAUGUUGAGAGGUUCAAUUUAACUUUAUAUAGUAUACUUUGUGCCACAGCAUAAGGCAUCGUAAGUGAUACUCAUCUAACUACAUUCCUAGUGUCUGGAUAUUCUGCCUUCUGUGUCUAAUGUGAAGCAGUUGGUGCAGACUGAGUGAACAAGUAGUAUUACAUGCUCUGUGUCGUGUCUGGACUAUCAUUAAAA